CCACCGAAUCGUGAGUCCUAGAUCCUUCGCUUUCUUCGCCUUUGAAGUUUGAACGAACAUCAAUGGCGUCGUCUGGUAAAUCCAGCUCCCAUAAUUCCUACGCGCCGUCUGCACCAGCUAUACCGGAUUCCUAUGCGCCAGAGGACUACCAUUACCCACAACAACAUGACGCUUCCCCUCCAAGUACAAGCCUUUAUGGUCAGCAGCAACCGCGGCCUCAUCCUGUGCCAAGUAAUGUUUAUGGUGGGUACUCUUCUUUUCCGCCAGGGACACACCCAGAUGUGAUUCGAAGCUUUCAAUCCGUGGACAGAGAUGGAAGUGGAUAUAUCGAUGAGAAGGAAUUGCAGCAGGCUCUCUCUUCCCAAUAUCAGAGGUUUAGCCUCAGGACUAUUAGGUUGCUUAUAUUUCUCUUCAAGAAUCGUGAUCCUCUUCGGAUUGGGCCUAGGGAGUUUGCGGCACUUUGGAGUUGUCUUGGUGAAUGGCGGGCCAUAUUUCAGAGAUUCGACAAAGACAGGAGUGGGAAAAUUGAUAUGUUGGAACUGAGAGAUGCUUUCUACAGUCUUGGUUACACAAUUCCAUCCUCAAUACUUCAAGUUUUCAUUUCGAAGUAUGAUGAUGGAAGUGGCAGGAGCAUUGAACUAAAUUUUGACAGUUUCAUUGAAUGUGGGAUGAUUGUAAAGGGUUUGACUGAAAAAUUUAAGGAGAAGGAUACGCGACGAUCUGGUUCGGCAACACUUACAUAUGAUUCUUUCAUGACAAUGGUUAUUCCAUUUCUUGUAGCAUAUGACUGAUUUGUCAUUAAGACUGUUGUUUGAUCUCUUAUUAUUUUGUUAUUUGAAGUAUCUGCUUCUGUCCUUUGUUCU